UUCAUCUCCACUCUCCAGGCGAACCGAAGGAACCCACUAAAAUGCCCAACACUUCCCUCCUCAUCCCCCACCUCCUUCCCAUCCCACCGCCACCCAAGAAAUCCACCAACCUCUCCAAUCCCAAACUUGCCACCUCAUGCCACGUCAGCGCCACCAGAAUGUCCCUGAACCAUAAACCCCCACCUCCACCCUCAAACCCUUCCCUCCUCACCUCCAUUACCAACCUCCUCUGGGGCCCAUCCCUCCCGCCGGGACUCCUAAUCUCCACCGUCCGCACCGCCUGGCACUCCGCGUGGCAGCUCAUGAUGUCCCAGCUCGCCCCCUCCGAUCCCUCCGGCAGUUACUCUAGACCCGCCUCCAGAUUCCGUGCAAGCAGCUUUUCCCGCCAAAGCCCAACCGCCCUUCACCUCUACGUAGGCCUCCCGUGCCCAUGGGCUCACCGGACCCUCAUAGUCCGGGCCCUCAAGGGCCUCGAAGAGGCCGUGACCGUCUCAAUAGCCUCCCCAGGCCUUGACGGCUCGUGGGAAUUCAAGGAUAUCCCAUACGCGGAUAGGGAUAUCCUCGUCCCCACUCGGGACUAUGCCAAUGGGUGCCGGAAUCUGAGAGAGGUUUAUAAGCUCAGGAGAGGAGGGUAUGAUGGGCGGUCCACUGUGCCAAUGCUGUGGGAUGCGCAAAGCAAAGAGGUGGUCUGCAAUGAGAGUUACGAUAUAAUUGAAUUGUUCAAUUCGGGACUAAACGGGAUAGCGGGCAAUCCAGGUGUAAAUCUAUCCCCGGAGCCAUUGAAGGGAAAGAUUGAGGAAUGGAAUCGCAUAAUUUACCCCACUGUCAAUAAUGGGGUUUAUAGAUGUGGGUUUGCUCAAAGCCAAGAGGCAUACAAUACGGCGAUGAAUGAGUUGUUCAGUACAUUGGAGAUGUUAGAUGAUCACUUGGGUAGUUUCCGCUACUUGUGUGGAGAUGCAUUGACCCUUGCAGAUAUAUGCCUGUUUACUACUUUGAUUCGGUUCGAUAUUGUGUACAAUGUCCUCUUCAAGUGCACCAAGAAGAAGCUACUUGAGUAUCCCAAUCUUCAUGCUUAUAUGCGUGACAUUUACCAGAUUCCUAAGGUUGCAGAAACUUGCAAUUUUUCGGCCAUUAUGGAUGGUUACUACAAAACGCUUUUUCCACUGAAUCCAGGCAGCAUUCAACCUGUCAUUCCUUCAGGUUGCGAGCACGAAGCCCUCUCCAGGCCUCAUGACAGAGAAUCAAUUUCAUUUGCUGGGAGUAAAUCUAUGCAGGUUCAAGUUUCAUAGAAGCUGGUUCUAACACAGUUCAGUAUGAUGUUGUUGGUUUUUAGUUAUAUGAAUUUCCUUGGUUUUUAGUCAUACUACCACAUCUGCUAACUUGGAGAUGGGGGUUAAAGAUCCUGUCCCCCUUGUACAUAGCUUUAACUAAACUAGCACAAUCAAAAAAAAAAAAAUUCUGCCUUUCCAUUCUAUGCACCAUGCACUACACAGAUUACUGAACAAAUCCAAAAAAAAAACAUUUAUUCCCCUUCUAAAGUUGCAGCUAGAAAGAACUAUAAAGCCCUAUGGUUUCAGCAGUUCGAUAGCCUCUGAGUUAGUACCCUGAUACUCGACCACUAGACUCUAUAGUUGGAAGGAGCAAAUCCAGUUCAGUGAAAUCUUUCAUAAGUAUUUCUUCAUUUAGGUAGACGAUCCUGUUGUAGUUCAUCUCACAAUUGAUGCAGAUCUAGAUCCGGUGCAGUAGCAGCUAAAGUAACGAGGACAAACAAGAAUUGUAGCAAAUAUAUUGGCCAUAUUUGAUAAGACAUAGCAAAUUAAUGUAACUCUUGAUUGUAUGCUAAUAUGGCAUAUUAGAAGUUGUAUCUCCUCCAUCUAUCUAAAUUGUGUUUAUGUUGUUUUGA